CCAUCCGUGCCUUUCCAGCCGCCAGCCGAGGACGUCGAAGGUCAGCCUUCCGACGUGGUCUUCCUCAAAGCCCGCGCCCGCCGCGUCUCCACCGCCACCACCCUCUGCCUCAUCCUCACCUCCCUGCUGGUGGUGAGCACCGGCAUCUUCGUCGGCAAGAUCCUCUACAACCAGUACAUAAGCGCGCAGAUGCGCCGCUUCACCGGCUACGCUCAAAUCCCCAUGCCCUCCGAGGACGUGCAGGCCCUCUACCUGCCCGAGCGCAACCGCAUGCCCGCCCCGGGAUCGUUCAACACGGUGGACGACGACGACGACGACAACAGCGUCGCACGCGACAACUUCGACGACAUCAUCCGCAACUUCUUCCGCGAGGACUUCGAGAUCGAUCUGGAUGGGGAGAAGUACGAGAAGAUCGACGUGCCGGACUUCCGCGAUGGACGCAGCGGAAGGUUCAUCCAUGACUUUAAUACUAACAUCACGGGGAUUAUUGACAUUACGGGGAAUAGGUGUUUCGUGAUGCCUUUGAAUAGGGGGAAUGUGUUGCCGCCGAGGUCGCUCUUCGAUUUGAUCCAUAAAAUGUGGGAUGGGUACUACAAAGUGGACACCCAGGUGGUGAGGGAGACCAUGAGGGUGGUGACACCUCCAUUAAAGAAUUUAAAAGGGAUCGGGAGUUAUAUAGCGAAGGAGUGUGAGAAUAGGCCGGUUUAUAAGUUGGAGAAGUACGUAGGAGGAGUGGUUAAACGCUCCGCUGAUUUGCACGUCCAAGCCAAGUUCGCGCAGUUCUCCGGGAACAAGAUCACCGAGUACGACAUUUUCAACUUAGAAGACGUUCUCGAGUACGAAAAGAACAACCAAUAAGUUGGGUGGGGUAAAGUUAGUUGAAGUUUCAUUAUUAUUAUAUUGCUUUAUGAUAUUACAGUAAUUCAAAUCUAUCCAUUUUUGACUGUACGCAGUCAAACUAUGUAAAUUACGUAAACUUUUAGUAGUGAAUUUGCUUGGAUCGGUUCUGGAAAUUCAGCCCGUUGCGAUUGUUCGAUUCUAGAAAGUUCCAUUUCCCCAACGGAUCCACUCACUUAUGUAAAAAAAGUUUAAGAGGCGUUAUUGUGCAUGUAAUUGUUGUACAUUUUAUAUACUAUGGAGAAUUAAAUUAUAUACAUUGUACUUAA